ACCGUCUUGCAGAAGUAGCUUUUUCUCCAGCAGUCUGUUGCAGAGAGACUCAGAGGAAACAUUCUUCGUCUUCUUUCCAAAUUUCUUCUUCUUCCUUCACAUUUCUGCUUGAAAUCAUCGGCUAAUCAUCAUGACAACGAAUUUGUUGCGAUCCAAGUCAUCGAUCGGAAACCUUCUCCGUCAUCGUUUCAGGGCCUAUGCAUCAUCGGACGUUGAUCACUGCACCAGGGCUUAUGCAUCUCCAGUUCGUCACUACAGUGAUCCUCGGUCUUAUCCAACGGAAGUAGUUCGUGACAAUCAGAUUCAGCGUAACCAAAAGGAUUUGAUGUACGCUGCUGCAGCAAAAUUUGUGAAUCUCCUGAAGCAGAGGAUAAGUAUGGUUGAGAGCAAAACGGGAUCGGAUGUCACUCUCACUGCUGCAGACAUACAUGGGAGCAUUGUUAAACAUGGACUGAAGACAGACUCACUCAUGUGCAACCUACUUAGGCUUUAUGCCGCAUCUGGAUAUCCUACACAAGCUAAGAGAGUGUUCUUUGAGUGUUACUUCUCUGGGUACGCAGGUCUUGGAGUCUGGAACACAUACAUUGCCACUCUUGGAUUAUUAGGUGAUGGGCACGAAGCAAUUCGUGUUUAUGCAAACAUGCCUAAGCAGUUGACAAAGACACCUGCGACCUAUUGGAACAUUCUUGUCGCUUGUUCUCAUUCUGGAGAGACAGAGUUCGCUCACUACAUCUUAGGGAAGAUCUUCAAAGGUCUGUGGGAGGAACCUUAUAUCGAACAUCUCGGCACAUAUAUUGAUGCAUUAGCAAGAAAGAAUCAGCUGAAGAAAGCAGCACUUGAGGUUAGAAGUAUGAUAGUGUACGCUCCAAACCGGGAAAUCAUCAACAGUGUUCUGAGUCGCUGCGUGGAGCAUAGAGAUACAGAAACGGCAAAAAAGUUUUCAGAGUACUUAGAGAUGAAGGGUGUCGAGUACCGAGUCCAGAAGACCACCUAUAACAAGCUGGCCGAAGCUGGAGUGGUGUGGAAGAAGAAUGUGAAGAUAAUAAGACAACGUGUUAAAGGACAGUCAUGGUGGUGACAGAUUCUAAGGAAAUGUGAUACCACUUGUGUGUCGUCUCUAAACUUCUUGUUAUCUUGAUAUGUUUCUUGUUAUCUCUAAACUUCUUGUUAUCUUGAUAUGUUUCAACGUGUUAAAGGACAGUCCAUGGUAGUGACAGAUUCUAAGGAAAUGUGAUACCACUUGUGUGUCGUC